UUGAAAUCAGUUGAAUACUCGCGUUCGUCGCGUUCAAAUCGAAAAGUUUUCGAAUCUAAAAGCGCGCUAGAACACAACCACCCCACUUUGGUGUUGUGAUUGUGUUUGUGUGCAUAUAAAAAUAAAAAAAGGUGACUUUUUAAUUGCAAAGCACCCAGUGAAGUGUGUAUAGCUGUGUGAGUGCGAGUGCAGGAUCCUUGCAGUUGGAUUAUACAAGUGUGAGACUUGUGAUAUAUUUUUUCGUUUUGAAAUUUGAAUUUCAUAAGCGAAAUUAGUGUGCAAGAAGCACUGCCAGUCGAUUUUAAGUUACUCUAAUGGAGUACUAGUGGAUUUCGCGCGAGAAAAGAGUUAUUACAAGCAUACUCAUCUGAAGCUUCACUAAUCGACUAUCCCCGUUCAAAAUGAAGGCCCUGAGCCUUUUAUUGGCGCUACUCUGCGUAGCGCAAUGGCGCGCGCAUGCUUACAUCGUCGGCAGCACGUCCGGCUACUCACAUUCGUCACGCUAUGCAUCAUCUUCGUCCUCCUCAUCUGCCAGUGGCAGCUCAUCCUGUUGUCAACUAAGUUCCUGGGCCUAUGCCCAUAUUAAUGAAGUGCGGCAGUUUGCAACUCGGCUGAGACAGGAAUACAAUUACAUGUCGCAGGGUACCAGCACCGGCUACAGUGUGCAGGACACACAAUGGGAUGCAAAUAUCAUCAGUCUGACCGGCAAGACUGGCUCUGAGUUGGAUGCACUCGUGCGUCGUGUUAGCGAGCAAUUGGUUACCGACAUGCGUAAAGGCCUCCUGCCUUACACAACCAUCAUCGCACCGAACUUCUUCGAAUCAAAGGCAGCCGAAACCCUGGAAACUUACACUGCCGCCAGCGACGAUUACGGUCAACAACAGCAACAGAUCGAAGUUGGCCACUUUCAACCGGUCGAUCUUUCGAACUUCGAUGAGGUACGCAACUAUGCUUACCCCGCCGAAGUGAAAGUCAUCGACGGCAAAACUUAUGUGGUGCACAAGAAUUGCACUGAGGCCAAGAAGGUGAGCGGCGACGGCACGUACGGCAGUCCGCUGGUCACCGUUCGCAGUCGCAAUCGCACUACUAUUGCCACCAGCGGCGGUAUACCGGCCUAUACAUAUGGCACAGGUGGUUACAGCAGCGGUUCCUUGGUAUCUGGCAGUACUGCCUCCUACCCAAGUCCCAUUUAUGCGCAGCCUGGAACUAGCAGCAGCAGCACUUCGACAACCUUGCGACGCAAGAAUACCGUCUAUGAUUGGGUAAAUCAGAAUAUGGAACCUAGUGUUAUGGGCUAUAAUCCAGUGGUAAAUGUUGCGGGUUCUUCAAAUUGGCAAGCGGGUGCCUACCAACCAGCUACAAACGUCCCCUUCGACGCUGAUGUGGAGGCGCUUAGCGCUGGCAGUCCAGCGUUCCGACCAAGUUAUGCGCCCGGCUCUACAGUGACGGUGCGGCGGUUCAAUAAGACAAUUAUUACCAAUCCUGAUGGCACAAAUACGGUUAGUGGUUCUGAACUGAAUCGCAAGUGGGUUGAUGGUAAACUCGUAUACGACUCGCAGCGGCCAUUCGGUGAAUGGACUGUACCACGUGGCGAGGCCUGGAAGCAGGAAGAACGUGAACGUUUCUUUUGGUUUUUGACACAAGGCAAUAUAACACCACAGCGUCUGGAGGAAUGGCAACGGCAGCAAGAGGAACGUCUCUUGGCUACGGCUGAACGCCAUCACACUACGAUUGAGAACAUACAGGCGUGGCACCGUGACGAGUUGGACCGUUAUCGCGUGUUGUUGGGUCAAUAUCAGGCACAAAAUUCCAACUUGACCGGCUGGAAGCGUACGGAAGCUGGACGCCUCGAUUGGUUGAUACACCAGAAUAGCGUUACACGUGAAGAGUUGGAGCGUUGGCAGCGCGAGAACAAUGAGAAAUUGGUGCAAUUGGCACGCCAGUACAAUAUUUCGUUGCAAGAAUUAAAGAACUGGCAAAUCGAGGAAUUGAAUCGCCUCUACGCGCACUUUAAUGAUCAAAACAAUUCGUUGAUUUCGCGUCCCAUCGAUUCGGGCUCUCUACGCACCAGUGAACAAGAACGUCUGGAGGAGCUAAUACGCCAACACAACGCCACAAUUACACAGCUACAAAACUCAAUACGAAUGGAUCAAGAAAAGCUCACCAACUUAGGACAAAAGUAUCGUGGCAACGUGCAGGAUAUGGAAAAAUGGCUGAAGGGUGAAAUGGCGCGCCUGAAUGGCAUAAUCAACGAGCAACGCAACGAGAUGACACGAGUGACCGAAUGGCAACGUUCAGAGCGUGAGCGUUUGGAGAAUGUGGUUAAGCAACACCGUGGCUCGGUGGAGGAGGUGGAGGCACAAAUGGCACGUGAUCGCAACUAUAUGCAAGCGUUGGCCGCGAAGUACCAUGUGAGCCUAGAGGAACUCGAGAAAUGGCAGAGCUCUGAGUUGGACCGUUUACAUAACGAGAGUCAGACCAAACUUGAGUUGGAUAUUCAAGAGUGGCAGCGCCGUGAACGUGAGCACCUGAAAUCGAUUGUGAAUAAGAACGACUUGACCAUUGAGGAAUUCCAAGCGAAGAUCAUGAGCGAUCGUUCGCGGCUUGAGGAUCUGGCGAAGACCUACAAGAUACAAGUCUCCGAAGUAGAGGAAUGGAUAAGGAAUGAAAUUAAGAAUUUCCAAUCGCAGGGACUACUGAAGGAGGUCGAAAAAGAGCUGGCGGCCUGGCAGCAGAAGGAACGUGAGCGCUUGAAUUCUAUUGUGCGGCAAAACGAGUUGACCGUUGAAGAGCUGGAGACGAAAAUAAAAGCGGAUCAAACGCAUCUCUACAGUUUGGCAAACACGUACCAAGUUCGAGUUGAGGAGAUUGAAGAAUGGUUGAAGAAGGAGUUAUUGCGUCUGCAGGGCGAAGGCCUCAUCAAGGUCGAGGACUUGAAGGACUGGCAGCGACAAGAGCGUGAGGAUAUACUGAAGAUUGUGCAGGAGAAUAAGUUGACUAUUGAGGAGUUCGAGAAGAAGCUGUUGGCUGACAGACAGCGCUUGCAAGAUCUAGCACGCACUUAUAAUGUACAAACGUCAGAGAUUGAGGGUUGGAUCAAAAAAGAAGGCGAACGUCUGCAAAGCUUGGGUUUGUUGCAGAUACAAGAACAGUUGAGUAACUGGCAGAAAAUCGAGCGGGACCGUCUGCUGGAAUUGGUUAACAAGAAUAAUCUAUCCAUUGAUGAACUGCAAGAAAGCAUCAAGAAAGACCGCCAGCACUUAUACACUCUGGCGCAUCAGAACCAAGUGCGCGUUGAGGAGGUCGAGGAGUGGAUCAAGAAAGAGAUUCAAAAACUGCAAGCAGAGGGGCUGAUUGAAAUGGAAAAACUCAAGGACUGGCAAUCGCAAUGGCGUGGCAAUCUGACAAAUAUGGUUAAGGAACGUGACUUCACGGUGGAAGAAUUCCACAAGUGGCUAUUAGAGGAUCGCAAGCGACUGCAGGAUCUCGCCAUGCAACACAACGUGCAAAUCGAAGAGAUCGAACAGUGGGUGCGCAAUGAGGAGCAACGCUUCAUCAGCAUGGGACUGCUGAAACCCAACGAGAAGCUAACCAACUGGCAAGCGGUGGAACGUCGUUACUUGGAGCGUAUCACGCAGGAGCAGUACCACUCCACCGAGCAAUUGGAGCAGCGCCUGCGUCAGGAUCGUGAGUUGCUUGAAAAGUUGGCGCGCGACUACAGCGUUCAAGUCGAGGAAAUCGAGCAGUGGAUGAAGAAAGAGUUGGCUCGCUUGCGUGACGAUGGCCAGUUGCAAAUUGACAAUCUCACCGCUUGGCAGAUAGCCGAACGCGCGCGGCUCGAGGAGCUGGUUAAGCAAAAUAAGGCAUGGAGUGUAGAGGAAUUCGAAAGUGUGCUACGCCAAGAUCGGGAACAUAUGCAGAAAAUGGCCUUCCAAUACCACACAUCGGUGGAGGAAAUCGAGAAAUGGAUACAAUCUGAGGUGGAUCGUCUUCGGCAACAGGGCAAACUCGAUAUCGAGAAGCUCACUGAGUGGCAGAAGACUGAGCAUGAUCGCAUUUUGAACUUGCUACAACAACAAUCCACCAUCACAGUGGAAGAGUUCGAGGAGAAAGUGCAAAAAGAUAGACGUUUCCUAAUCAACUUGGCUAACCAGUAUCAUGUGAGCGUAGUGGAGGUCGAGGCUUAUGUCAAGAAGGUCAUCGACGAGUUGCGCAACAAGGGCAAGUUUGAGGUGGAGAAUCUGCAGAAUUGGCAGCUGGUCGAGCGCGACUACAUCAAACAGCUGAUCGGGCAAUACCAAAAUGGUCUAUCCACCACCGAGUACGAGCAGAAAUUGUUGGCAGAUCGCGCACAUUUGCAUCAGCUGGCCGAUCAGUAUCGCAUCAGUAUCGAUCAAAUCGAAAAGUGGAUGAUUGAAGAGUUGAAACGUUUGCGUAAAGACUCAGCCGAUCACGUACAGAAGCUUGCGGAGUGGCAAGUGGCGGAAGCGCAACGCUUGAAGGAACUCAUACGCCAAAAUAACCAUUUGAGUUAUGUUGAAUUUCAAAUGGAGCUCAAUAAGGAGCGCCAACGUUUACAAGAGCUUGCCCGCCAGUACUCGGUGAGUGUUGAGGAGGUCGAAACGUGGCUGCGUCAGCAAUUGGUCAACCUGAAGGCCACCGGACAAGUGCAAGUGGAGAGCCUCACACAGUGGCAAAGUGAUGAGCAGAAACGACUGAUUGAUAUGCUGCUACAACAACAGAAUAGCAUCAGCUAUGACGAGUUCGAGUCACAGCUACGCCGCGAUCGCGCGCAUUUGCAAAGUUUGGCGCAGGAGUACAGCGUGAGCGUUGAGCAAAUCGAAGCUUGGAUGCGUGACGAACUACAGCGUCUGAAGAACACCGGACUAUUGCAAGUCGAGCAGUUGACUUACUGGCAAAAGAGCGAACGCGACCGUUUGCAGGAUUGGUUAAAUCGACAGAAUAACGCCACUACCUAUGAAGAGUUCAACGAGUUCUUGCGUCGCGAUAAAGCACGUCUUGAGCGCAUUGCACAGGACUACCAAGUGACAGUCGAAGAGGUCGAAUCGUGGGUGCAGCAAGAGGGCGCACGUUUGCAAGUGCUCGGCUUGAUUAAAGGUCCCCAGAACUAUGCUGUUUACGAGGACCACAGCGGCAACGAUGAAUGGAAGGUAUACACGCUUGCACAUCUGAAAGCCGUAGCGCAAACUGUGCCCAUGAAUUGGCAAGAUUUUGAGAAUUACUUGGUUAAGGAGCGCAUGCGUUGGGAACAAUUUGCACGCCAAUAUAAUGUCAGCGUGGAAGAGAUCGAAGAGUAUAUACGCGAAGAGGCACAGAAACUUAAUCAGCAGGGAGUCAUAACCGGCUCAGUGACGGUGGAGGAGUGGGAGUUCGAAGAGAGUCAACACAUACAGAACUUGAUUAACGAUCGGUUACGCAAGCAGCAGCGUUGGUCCAUAGAAGAACUCGAAAGGCAGCUGAGGCAAGACCAGGAGCAUUUGCGUCAAUUGGCUAUACAAUACCACGUCACAGUCGAGGAAGCCGAGGCCUGGUACAGGCAAGAGCUGCAACGUCUGCUGGACCAGAACAAAAUCAUUUCGGAGCACUUGGUCGACUGGCAACGUCGUGAGAAGGACCGACUGUACCGCCUAGUCACACGCCAACCCGGCGUGACCGUGGAGGUGUGGGAAGAGCAAAUUUUGCGCGAUAGAACUACACUCAACAAUUUGGCCGAUGAGUACCAUGUGUCUAUCGAAGAACUAGAAUCAUGGAUCAAUAAUGAAUUACGGCGUCUUGCCGACUUGGGACUUGUACGCAACUUGCACCAGUCCAGCGACUACAACAACUGGCAAAAGCAGGAGAGUGAGCGUUUGCGUAGUAUUGCUGCUGAGAUCAACAUUACCCAAAUUGAAUUCCUCGAGUUUAUUGCCGCUGACACCGAUUAUCAGCGUCGUUUGGCGAAACUCUACGGCACCACGCUCGAGCAACUGGCGCCCUUCCAGAGCAUCGAAAUCAGUCACUUGCAGCGUGAAGGACUCUUAGACAAUACCAAGCUGUUAACGCUGGAGCAAUGGCAGAAGCGUGAACGUGAUCGUCUUUACAAUUUGAUUAAAAAUCAAAACUUUAGUCUGAAGAAUCUACGCAACUGGCAACGACAGGACAUGUUCCUCAACGAAGUGGCCGCAAAUUACGGCAUCACAACGCAGGCACUGAAAGACUGGCAAAUUAAGGAAUUCGAGCGUUUCAUACAACUCGCUGAACACUAUGGCAUGACGUUGAACCAGCUGCAGGACUUCCGCGACAAAGAAUGGCGCUACAUCAACUUCGUGAUGCACAAGAAGACCAGCAAUGAGGCGGAGCGCAUCAAUUGGGGUGCCGAGGAGGCGAAACGUAUGGCAGUGCUGGAGCGCAAGACCGGCUUGGCGGGCGAGGAACUACUCGAAUGGCGACGCAUACUCUAUCUGCUGUGCCAAGGUCUCCUGCCCAUGGACUCUACCACCGGCUUUGGCGGUCACGAAAUUGGCGCUGGUUCCACUAAUCGCACUGCUUGGCCACAUAAUGUGAUCUCCAAGGAUCGUGGCGAUCAGCCGCCGCAUGUAUACGACGAAAAUGGUGACGUAGAAGAGCCCGGUUUGGCCGGUCAAGACAAUGCUUUAUAUCCACUGCCAAAUGCUGCUAUAAAAGAAGAAACAACCACGCAAUAUCCAGCCUACCCAGCGCCCUACGCACCGCUUGCCAGCGGUGGCCGAACGAGUGGCUAUCGUUAUAGCAAGAAAGAAUACAAAUACACUGUGCCAGCUGGUGGUGUUAACGCUGUGGCUAGCGCCGAUGCGAGCAGUAGCGCGACCAGUGCAAGCGCUAAUAUCGGCUUAGGAGGUCGUACACGCUAUGGACGCGAGCGUGAACUUGACACGCAACUACAGCAGCAGCAGCAGCAAAAGGUGGAUGACUACGGUCAACAGCAGCAGGUUGAAGUCGGUUGGAAUGGCAAGCUAGAAGAUGGCGGGCAACAGCAGGAAGUCGACUUAGGUUGGAAUGCACAGCAACAGCAGCAAGCGCAGUUCGGUUAUGGCCGCAGCAGUUCCGGUGGUUAUACGUCGUCAUCACAGCAGUCGCAGCAGCAGCAGGAAGACUUCGGUCAACAACAACAAGUGGAAUUGGGCGAUUACAAGCAACACGAUUGGGAUCAGCAGCAGCAAGUGCAGGUCGAAGAUCUUAGCGGUAGCUUCACAGGCGCACAUAGCAGCUACAAUCAGAAGCAAGUGUCCAGCACUGAGGCGAAUGCGCAUGUCGAGGUCACAGCAGAGCCAGAAAGCACUGGUUUAUGGGGCUCGAUUAAGAAGAAGGCUUCCGGAAUAUUUGGCUGAUUUAUUUUAUCAAAGAACGCCCAAAAAUAUUUAAUUUAAAAACUCGAAAUUAAAAAAAAAAAAAUCGAAAAAGCGAUACUCUUUUGUUCAAUAAACUUCUUCAGUUGUUUUUAUUUAAUGUAAAUUUAUGUAUAUUGUUUUUAUGCCUUAUUUCGCAUUGUUUUUU